AUGGAGAAACAGCCUCACCCAACUCCUCCGUCUUUAGCAACUCGCAAGGCAAUAUCAAAAGUGAAGCCGAAAAUUCGCAUAAUUCAUAUAUUUGCACCGGAGAUUAUCAAGACCGAUGCAGCAAAUUUCAGAGAACUGGUGCAAAGGCUCACAGGAAAGCCCACAGAUUCAAAGAAAAAACCGAAAAUUUCGAGCAACAAGCAAAUGGAAGCAGCCAUGACAAGUGGAUUUGAUGCGUCUGCAAGGUUUGUAGAGAGGAUAAAGGGAGAAGAAGAAGAGAUAUGGAGAGGUGCAAAUUCUGGAGGGGGUUUCUUGAAUGGUUUUGCUGAAUUUGAUGAUGGAUCAUUCAUGCAAGAGAUUAAUCAGUUUCCUUCUUGGCAACUUGCUUAA